UCCAAGCCAACCCAAGAUUUUUUAUAUAAAGAAACAUCAAUGGAUGUCACCAGAAGUAGAGCAGCAACAAAGAGUGGUGGAAGAGGAGGAGGAGGAGGAGUUGUUGUAGCAGGGUCUGUUUGGGAAUCCAGAAUGAAGAGCGAUGAAGUUAAAGGAGGAAUCAAAGUCUUCAAUGGAGAAGAAACCAGCAACAACAAUAACAAUCUUGAUGAUAAUCACAAUGGUGUUGAUAAUAAAAAAGUCGUCUUGAAGAAAGGGCAAACGAAGAGAAAGACAUGGAAAUCUGAAAGCAUUGAGGGUCCAAUUCAGAUUGCCAAAGGGAAAAGUGCUGAUCUUCAAGAAUGUAAAAGCCCUGUUCCGGUCAAGAAAAGCAGCCCAAUUCAGACUAAAAAGACAAGAUCUGAGCUUGUUAAAUCAAAAUCUGAACCCCUCAACGGAGUUGAAAAGAGUUCUCCACCAUCACCGCUUCAGUUGAGGAAGGUCAAGUCUCAGCCUCAGCCUCAGCCUCAACCUUAACCUUAGCCUGAGCC